GAAGCCAGUCGGCUUGGAGCGUUGUUCUCGACGAAUUCGAUGCGGUAGUUUUGACUCAGACAACGACCAAAGUAAAUCUUGACUGACUUGUUACCUUGUUUCCCCCUCUUCUUCCAUCGUUCCAUUCUUGUUCUUUGGCUUUGACAGUUUGCGACAAAAGGCAAAAGCCAGUCACGAUUCAUCGCAUUAGGAUCCCAGAUACGUGCUACGGGAAGCACGGCGGUGGUUGCCGUCGGGAAGAGGGUUCAGAGUGCCUGAUUCGCUUCAUCCCAUUAUCGAGCUUCGAGGGGCAACUUGGGAUUGUCUUGGUGCGGCAUCGAAGCCCGCUCAUCCCCGCGAGCAGUCGGCGAUCGGACAUCAGACGGCACAGAACUGGAACACUGGGCUGAAGCUUAGCCCCGAAGGGAGGGCAUCGGGUGAUCUUCGACAGCGUCUUGGAUGGGACCUUGCCGACAUUCGACAAGCACGAAAGCCGAAACAGGAUUUGAUUUGGCAGUAUUGGCCGAAGAGGGCGUUGUCGACACGAAAAUAGCCUAGGGAGCACAUUGGCUGCAAUUGAGUUUGCGGUGACGAGAGGCUCCAAGACAGAAAGAGGCAGAUGUGCAGUCGAAGAGCAAGAUUGAAUUUGGAAGAACAACGAGCGAGAAUUGAUGCGACGACACCAAAGAACAAAAAAAGGCUACGACACGUCGACACCACGUUGCGCAGAGUUGAGAGUUUGCGAGGAAGGUACUUGUCACGUUGCGCAACGAGUUGCACCUGUUGUUAAGAUUGGAAGGCACCUCACGGACUGGGGAAACCAUCAAAGGAACGAACCUACCUGCCUCACAAGAUACGGCACCUUAACCUGUUGCCUCUAGGCAAUUACGCGUUGGAGACUUACAACUGGAAGGCUCCGCCCAUUUACAGACACCUUGCCAGACAUUGGCCCGACAUUCGAUCCGACAUCUUUCGGGAAGUCACAGCCAGGAGGUCUGUCAUUGUGCUUUCCUCUUUCUGACUAUUGAUUCCAUGCUGGGAGAGGGUUUGGGUACCUUGAGGGAGAGAAAACAGACAACAAGCAGCAAGAGCAGCACGAUCAUAGUGCACGAGCCAAGUGAGCACCUACCUUUACCCGACCUAUCGGACCUAAAGCUGCAGGUGCGAGCAGUGGCACACGAGAGUUGUUGCCGCAACAGAGUUCUGGUCCUUGCCAGUAAGCAGGAGCGGCUCACCAGGUUGACUUGCAGGAAGCAGGAGGCAGAAGUAAAAAGUCAGAGCUGCUGCUGCUGCUGCUGCUGUGUUCUGUCAUCACGUCUCAGGAUUGGUACUUGCAAAUACUCAUUAUCGUAGUGGUGUUUGUGGUAUCAUUUCCCGCGCAUUCCGACAACACUCAGCAAGCGCAAAUCUUCCUUCUGUCUGUGGGAGAGAAGAAAUCGCCGUCGCAAACACUUGGUGGCCACUUUGCGCUUCCUACACGCUUUUUUACCUUAGCAGGGCACCUCCAAAAGUCAUUCCUCCAUCCAUCCCCGAAUCCCUCCACCUGGGCAUCCAUCCCACCACCCAACACAGCAUUCCCCUUGACUCCCCUUGAGUCCCUGACCCAUCCACGUUCCUCAUUGUCACUGCACGUCGCAUAAUACCUUACUGUACUGCGUACUGCACAGCAGCUGCACCCGACCGAGGUCGCUUACGCUCACUCUCUCGCACAUUGCAUCGCAUUCGCAGCUGCAACUCAACUGCACCGCGCACCCGCGUUGUCUUGCCCUUCUGUCGUCACGUCAAAGCAACUUGGUCUGGACUCUCUCCGUCUCCCAUCUAUUCGAUCCUGAACAAUCCCAAAGCAACAGAACCAUUCAAGAAAUCACCCUGGCUAUCGGACUUAAACAACGCUUGACCGCUGCCAUCCGCACCGAUUCCAUACGCCCGCACCGCGCCCGCUAAAGACAAGACCCGACCAGCUGCACCAGCUCCAGCUCCAGCUCCCAGGAGCUCUCCACUCUCUAAUUAAUACCGUACAGAAGCACCGCCGGCUGGGUCACCACUCAAACCCACCUAUCCCGGUAGCCACGACGUCGGCCUUCGGAGAAGCCGUCCAUCUCAUCUCGAGAUCCAUCCGCUUCGCCUUUUCUCUUUCCCUCUCUGGCUUGACUGUGGGGAAAAGACUGUCAAAAAGGGAUCUUUGAAAGAGACAAGAUCCAGAAACCGCAAAGGGGGUGGUGGGCGUAAACAUCAGACCUGACGAAAGCCCCAGCCCUGUUUCGUUCCGACCUCCCUCCAUCAAGAUCGCAAAACUGUGUCUUUCUCCCGUCCAUCGUCUACCUUAAUCUUUCUUUCAACCUUCUUACAUACUUCGUCUCCCGGCAACCUUACGCCCGUCAUUGCGUCUCCACGCACAUCAGCAUCCAAUCCGCCAAGCCUACCGAGUACCUACUUACCUCUCUUUGCCGACCUACCUUGUCUGUAAAGACGCCGAACCAACCACUCACCGACGACACCCUCACCCCGCGCUCACCGACGAUCUCACUCACAUUGCAGAUUCCAGAUCUGUCAGCCCCUGCAAACCAACCAUCAAAUCCCACCGGAGCGCGCGUCUCUGUACACUACGACUGAUCGCAUCUUUUCCACCAACCCAGAACGAGGACCGUCGCUGCGUCGCAUGCCAAUUCUCAUCUGCCGUGCCGUUCCGUCUUGUCUACCACAGGCCCCAUUACCUCAUCGUGGCAUUGGCAGCCCGUCUAGGCGGGGUGGUGGCUUCGUAGAGGCGGCAUUGGCUGCGCUCUCGGCAUUGGAAGGAAUUCUAAUUCUGUCAAUCCUCUUCGCGACUUCUUCUUUCGCUUCGCAUCAACAGCUAGCCCACCAUGGAAGACACAAAUGGGGAGAAGUCGGAGAAUUCCCGUCGGCCGGCCUUACAGGUCAUUGUCUUGGGUGCCGGCGGCGGUCCCCAGGAAUCAAAUACUACCGCUCUUCUAGUCCGCUCAGUCGCCUCGGGGUGGACAAAAGGCUCCAUCAUCGCCGUAAAUGCCGGUGUUCAUCUUUCGGCUAUUACUCGCAUUCUUGAGGAAACGGCACCUCCAGGCCUCGGCACCCAGCUUCCGCUCCCCCACACCCUUGCUUCCGGGCCAUUUGCAGGCCUGCAGCUUACACCAAACAGUCAGUUGGAGGUCGCAACAGGCGCAGUGUAUCCAUCGUCCAUCGCCUCAUUCAUCACUCGUACUCUUAUCGACACGUAUGUGAUUACUCAUCCUCAUCUCGAUCACAUCUCCGGCUUCGUCGUGAACACGGCAGGUCUUACCAGGCCCAAGCGCCUUGCCGCGUUGCCCUCAACGGUUAACGCUCUCAAAACUCACAUCUUUAACAAUGUGAUCUGGCCCAACUUGUCCGAUGAAAGUAACGGUGCGGGCUUAGUCACGUAUACUCGACUAGUCGAAGGAGGGUCGCCAGCCAUUGGCGAUGGCGAGUCUAAAGGAUAUCUAGAGGUUGCGGAUCGCCUCGCUAUCAAGGCGUAUUCUGUUUCACACGGUCACUGCAUUGAGCGACAUCCACAUCGCGGCUCGGCCUCCUCUACUGCAACACCUCUACGAUAUCCUUCUGUCGAUGCCGCAUCCAUGGCGUCACCGCGCAUACUGCCAUACGGCCUGGCCUCGAGCACCGCGCCUAUCCCUCGAGCGCCAUCAGUUGCGCCGGAGCCGCAGGCCAGUGUUUGCGUUUACGACUCCUCGGCUUAUUUCAUCCUCGAUAUGGCUACUAACCUAGAGAUACUCAUCUUUGGAGACGUCGAGCCGGAUUCUAUGUCACUCUCCCCUCGUAACUUGACUAUUUGGGAAGAAGCUGCUCCAAAGAUUGUAGCUGGCCAACUUGCUGCCAUUUUCAUCGAAUGUUCAUAUGACGACUCGCACUCUGACGAUCGCUUAUUUGGUCAUCUAAAACCCCGCUAUGUGAUGGAAGAGAUGCACGCAUUGGCUCAAACUGUUGAGGAGGCGCGAGGAGAUGCCCAUGCCUCGCGGAAGCGGAAGCGCGUAGCAGAACCCGACACGAUACCACGAAGAAGGACAGGAGGCGCCUUUUCGCGCCUUGCAGGCGGCGAUGAGUCCCCAAUCAGCCCCAAAUCAGUGGCCAAGCGUGCUGUGUCUGCAGACAUCGGCCACGUACCGCCACUGCCGCCCGCUGCAACAUCGGUAGAGAGCCCACAUCUGACGACUCCUACACAGGAAUUGUCUUUGCGCGAGGCUGAAGGAUGGAGCGAGACGGAGGAUGGGCACUCCAAGGGCCCACCUCUCAAGGGUAUCAAAGUUGUCAUUAUCCACGUCAAAGACCGCCCAGAUGGAAGGGACCAAGGAAAACUCAUUCUGCAAGAACUCGAGGCCUACGAAGCCGACGCCCAGCUGGGCUGCGAGUUCAUUGUCUCCCACGCGGGGCAAAGUCUCUACCUUUGAAAUGCUUUGGGUGGCGUUUGGGCGCAGUAUGUUGUAGAUGUCGAUUCCACGAAGAUACGAUAUGCAUGAAGUUCUCAUGAUGAGGAUGAGUGCGAUUGGGGGUUUAUCUUGGAGUUUUCAUGGGGAAAUAGGAGGAGGCAAGGGGAUAUAUAUACCAUGUAUUUACGCGCACCA